CAGAUAUCCUUACAGAUAUGAAUACUCCUGGGGUUUUGGCUAUUGGAUCGGAAACGUCAGAGGUAGUUACCGCCAGUUGAGAAUGAUGACACAUGUGGACAUGGGAAUCCGAUCAGACACUGGUGAAUCUAACAGACCUCCUGCCAUCAUCACACCUCAUCUUAUCAGAGUGCCCAGGAACUGCCCUCGAACUUUCAAUAUCCCAACAUUUGACCCUGAUGGUGACAACGUCAGGUGCAGGAUUCCCACUACAUCUGCUACAUAUGAGUGUGGAAUUUGCAGUCUUGUCAAUGGUUUCUCUUUCGAUCAGAAUUCCUGCUCCCUCACAUACAACCCAGGACAAAGGACCGGAUAUUACCCAGUGGAGCUCGUGGUGGAGGACUUCCCCAACAAAGACAUAACUCUGUCCUACUCCGAUGGAUCCUACACCAUAAAGUGGCCCCAAACAAUGACACGACGUAAACGCCAAGCCAUAUUAACCACCACAUCUGCCCCAACAACCACCACAUUUCCCUUAAAAACCACCACAUCUGCCCCAACAACCACCACAUUUUCCCCAACAACCAACACAUCUCCACAAACUAAUACUCCAUCUGCCCCAACAACCACCACAUUUUCCCCAACAACCACCACAUCUCCACAAACUAAUACUCCAUCUGCCCCAACAACCACCACAUUUUCCCCAACAACCACCACAUCUCCACAAACUAAUACUCCAGCUGCUCCAUCCACCUCCCCAUUUGCCCCAACAACCACCACAUUUCCCCAAACUAAUACUCCAGCUGCUCCAACCACUUCCUCAUUUGCCCCAAGAACCUCCACAUUUCCCCCACCUGUAACCACAUUUGCUCAGACCACACAAGCUUACAGUUCAUCUAUCGAUCCUUUAAGCAAGCUCCCUCUGCAGUUCACUGUUCUGGUGGACUCACACACCGCUCCUUCAUGCCUCGAUGGUGAUUACUUUCCCAUUUUCUUGGCACCAACUCCGGCUAAUGGAGUAAAUCUUCCUGCAUACGUCAAUCAUACCCUUGAAAUUGAAGUCAGAUCCAAAGCUCAAUUCACAACGAUACGUGAUCUGAUUGUGACAGGACCACGUGGGGUUUCAAAGGAGAGUGUUUCUGCCGAUACAUACACCAUAAAAUGGACACCUACUGAGGAUAACCUGAAUGACCAUUUCCCAAUUUGCUUUGUCUCUGAGGGCAGAGAUAGGUCCAACAGAGUCUAUCACUCAGAGCUACGCUGCGUGACUGUUGAUGUUGGCCGCCAUGCUGCUGUUGUGACCUGCAAUGAAACAACUAUUACAGUGGAAAUUGCUAAGACCUACAUCAUCAGACGCAAUGAGGAAAAUCUGCAUCUGAAUGACUUCACAGAUUCUUCCUGCAACCUGGAAACUCUCUCCAGUGACACCCAUGUGGUGGCUUCCAUUUCCAUUGGUGCCUGUGGGACUCGUGUCGAGGAGGAUGAAGAAAAUAUAUAUUUUAGGAAUGAGAUCACUUCAGCUGAUCCAAAUGAAAUAAUUUCCAGACAGCAUGACGUUGAGAUUGCCUUCUCCUGCUCCUAUCCGAAGCGAACCAACCUGACUCUAGGAUUCAGACAUAAAAACCCAUAUGCUUUCAGGGAGAAGGGCUUUGGUGCUUUCACCUUCCAGUUUGAGUUCUUUGAGAGCCAGCGUUUCAGGACGCAGGUAGACGCCAGCAGCUACCCGCUGGAAGUUUACCUAAAGCAGAUGAUCUUCAUGCAGAUCGAGGCCACCACAUCCAUCCCCAACACUGAGCUGUUUGUGGAGUCCUGCAGGGCGACUCCCUACAACAACCCCAACUCCCGCAUCAGCUACACCAUCAUUGAAAAUGGAUGUGUCAAGGACAGGACAGUGCAGAUCUUCCCCAGCUCAAAGUCUCAGUUCAGGUUUGGAAUGGAGGCUUUUGAGUUUAUCGGAGCUCAUGAAGAGGUCUACAUCACCUGUUCAGUUCUCGUAUGUGAGAGUGGUGUUCCCGGUACUCGCUGUUCUCAAGGAUGCAUGAAUUAGAGAAACAAUCACUGGAAAAGGGAAGCUUCUUCUCAAACUAGCAGCCACUCCAUUUUCCAGGGACCUUUGCAGCUUGUCAAGACCUCUGACACAAGAGCUUCUGGUCCAGGUCUGAAUCUGAGCCUGAAUCUGGUCUUCAUCGUUGGGUGCCUCCUGGUAUGUGGAGGGAUUUUCUACACAUCAAGAAGAUCCAGACCUA